AUGACUGUAUCCACCCUGUCUCACUCACAAGAUCAGUCAGUGACCCGUUCUUACUACCGCAACUCCGUUGGAGUCCUGCUGAUGUUUGACUUGACCAACCGAGCCUCCUUUGACAAUAUUAAGGAGUGGCAUGCUGAGGUGUGUGAGCGAGUACAACCGUAUAAGGUUCUGUUCAUCCUCGUGGGCCAAAAGAGUGACCGAGAAGCUCACGGGGAAAGGGUGGUGAGUCGAGAAGAGGUCAACAAGCUGGCCGGACAACUAGGGGUGCCCUAUGUGGAGGCCUCCGCCAAGACGGGCCAGAACGUGAGAGGGCCUUUUGAGCUCCUCGCACGACAGAUUUACCAGGCUCUUUUGAGUGGAGAGAUAGAGCUGCAAGAGGGCUGGGAUGGAAUCAAGUGCAUUGCCCCACAGACGCUGCGGUUACAAAGAGCCAAUGUGGCUCAGCCCAGCACAGCUCCCCAGAGCAAGAAGAAGUGCUGUGGUUAA